ACACCUCAUCCUCUCUGAAGUAUGCGAGAGCAAGCAUGAGCGACACCCACCAUGACACGACCAAAGGCAAAGACCGCGCGGUAGAGACACUGGACUUCGAGGAUGAGGCUCAGCGGGAACAGAGGAUGCGUGGCAUCUUCAUGCAACUAGAUGGCAAGCCAGGGCCGAGAAGUCAAAUGGCUCCUCACAACCUCAACUUUGACUUCGGCGACCGCUCAACGUUCGUAGUAGAGCCCCCUACUGAACUCUUAUCGCGGGUGCAAGCAUUCCUCCCGCAAUUUGCUGCUUCGACUGAAGAGAUAGCACGUCGGGCCAGGGAGAAUCCCGACAGUGUUGACAUCGAGAAGUUUGUCAACAGUGAAGAAAGGUACAUCCAGAUGAAUCUUGGUCUUGGAGUCUUUGAGGAGCAGAGGGGAGUAGCGUCGGACUCCUCCGCAGGUGAUUCAGAUAUCGAAAUGCAUGCAAGUAAGACAUCUGCGACCUCCUCAGACUCAGACUCUACCUCGCACAGCGACAGCUCGGACUCGUCGGAUGAAUAUGACUCGGACUCAUCAGUCGAUAUCAUUUCUUCGACGAUGGCCUCUUUGGUGCAAUACAGGCCUAUCAAGCCCCUUCCACGGCGCAGGUCUACCCGUCCCCAGAUCGUUGAACUCGGUGACGGGUCUGCGAAGCAGGAUGGCGGGUCGUCAUCCAGUUCGGGGGAAAGCCAAGCGUGAGGUUGGUUGGUCUCCAUAUUCCGUAGUUCUGUUCUGUUCUGUUCUGUUCUGUUUCGUUCCUGCUCUCCGCAAAUGCACACAUUUGCCGCUCACGCGAGCACGGCCUGGAACGGCCUGCGGGAACGUGUUUAUUGACACUCUCGUGGCAUACC